AAGUCUUGCUGAUGAAACUUUGAAGGGGCUUUUUAGUGUUUUUUUCUUUUAAUUGCGAAUUAAAUUACUAAAAAUAUUUGGUGACAAGAACACGUAAUUACUGUUAGAUAGAAUAUCCUUAAUAUUCAUUAAAUUGAUCCAUGACCGACCAUGACCUACGAGGGCCGUGCGAAAAGUUAAACUUUUUACGUUCUCCAGAAAUAUGGGAUCCCCAGUAGUACCUGCUAGCCGAGACACUUGGAAGGAGUUUUUAAGAACGUUUCCGGUCCAUUUUAGGUUUUUCAAUAUUUUGAACGAUGGCACGGCCCCAAGAAACGAUUAAUUUGAGUUUAGUGAAGGUGUUUUAUUUAAGUGAGAGAAGGACGAGGCGGCGGAGGAGUAUGGAGAAAACGUUCAUGAUUGCCACAGUUAAAAGAAGAUCGGAUGGUACGGAGGCCCCCAUUAUAGAAGAGGACCACGACUGCGCCAGAAAUAAAUUCAGCUCGAACCAAGUCCCAUCCGAUAAACCGAAACCUGUUAAAUAUGGAGAAUUAGUCAUUUUAGGGUACAACGGUUUCCUACCGCAAGGUGACCGAGGCCGUAGGCGCAGCAAAUUCGUUUUACACAAAAGAUCGAUCGCCACCGGGGUGAAACGAUCCCGUCACUACGUGGUUAAAACCCCCCAUUCGUCGGAAGCAAUUUUGAACUCCAAUCAGCACUCGAUCUCGUACACUCUUACCAGAAACCAUGCGGUCAUCGUCGAGUAUACCAACGACGAGGAAACCGACAUGUUUCAGAUCGGUAGGUCGUCAGAGAGUCCCAUAGAUUUCGUCGUGAUGGACACGAUACCGGGCGAUAAACCAGGGGACGUUAAAGUGAGCCAAAGUACCAUAUCGAGGUUCGCAUGUCGGAUAUUGUGCGAGAGAAACAACCCGAAAAUCGCGAGGGUUUAUGCGGCAGGAUUCGAUUCUUCUAGGAAUAUAUUUUUAGGCGAAAAAGCGUGUAAAUGGCAAGAGAAUGGCGAAAUCGACGGCCAAACCACCAACGGGGUCCUGAUCAUGCACCCGAAGGGCAGUUUCUGCGGCGGGGACGCCAAGUGCGGAGUGUGGCUGGAAACUUCGGUGGGAGGAGGAGUCUUUACUAGAAGAGAGUCCAGAUCGGCACCCCAAAGAGGUCAAGUGGUACUUGACGAGACCAACAUUUUACAAGACGGCACCUUGAUCGACCUCUGUGGCGCCACGUUAUUAUGGAGAUCAGCGGAGGGACUCGAAAAAACGCCCAGCAAACACGAUCUGGAGAAGGUAAUAGACGAAAUCAACGCGGGACGGCCACAGUGUCCGGUGGGUCUCAACACCCUCGUGAUACCGAGAAAAGUGUCCCUCAGCGAGAACCAACAGCAACCGUACGUCUAUUUGAACUGCGGACACGUACAGGGACUGCACGACUGGGGCCAGGACAAGGACUCCGGGGAUAGAAAGUGCCCCAUUUGUUUAGAGUUGGGACCAGUUGUUAAGGUGUGCAUGGGUCUGGAGCCGGCGUUUUAUGUCGAUUCUGGACUUCCAACUUUCGCUUUUAAUCCUUGCGGGCAUAUGGCCACUGAGAAAACUGUCAAGUAUUGGGCUAAUGUGGGAAUCCCCCACGGUACUAAUGGAUCGCAGGCCGUGUGUCCGUUCUGCGCCUGUCCGCUGUCCAGUUCCCCCGGUUACGUUCGUUUGAUAUUCCAGGACAACGUGGAUUAGUGUGGAUUUUUUUUUUAAUAUUUUGUCUUUCUUGAUGAGGCUUUAGAAGGAAUUCGCUUGAAACAGAGAGGGUGCAAUAAGUCAACAACGAUUUUUCUUUUUAAAUAACACGGAUUCCGGUUAAACCCAGUCCCUCCGCUAGGCGUCUUUUAGGUUAAGUAUUGUCCUUUUUUUUUUGUAUAUUUUUUUUUAUAUUGAAGUAUUUUAUUGUAAAUAGCGUCGUUUGAAACUUAUAUUGUGAACUUAGUUAAGAUUAUUAAAGGGAAUGGAAAAAUUAAGGAUUAUAGAGGAAAAACGCGCGGGACCGCUUUAUUUUAAUAUAUAAACAAUCGGGUUUUUACUCAUUCAGUUUUCCUAGCGUUUAGUACCAAAGCUUUAUUUAUAACGCCUGUUUUAAUUUUAGAUUUUUACAGGGUGGCUCCAGAUAUAUUUUACAUUUGGCAACGUCGUACAAUUUUAUAAGGUUGUUGUCUUACUUACUGUCAUUGGCAUAAGUCUGUCUCACUCGUUAUGUUGCCGUUGCCAUGGAGACCCCGUUUAAAAUAAUUUGUAAAAAAAUAUAUUAAAACUAAUUUCUUAUUAAUCCAA